AUGCACCGUCGGAAUAGCACAAAGUUCUAUCACCUCGAUCGUCGAAAAUCGGCUUCCUCUGCGAAAAGCGUUCAUCUAGAACAUAUCCGUCCUGAGACGGCUAAGCGCGAUGCUCAGGCUGCUGCUUCGCAAGCAUUUGCAAGAGCUAGGGAACGCUCGAGUACUACGGACACGGUUUUAUGGCCACCGCCGCGGAACAGCGAUCCGGCUAAGGCCACUGGGUCUAGCAGUAUACACGAUAGACGCAAUAGUAACUCUCCCAUCAAGCGCCAACAAAGUGUUCGUUUCGUACGAGAGGAUACUACACGCGGUACACGAAGUAAUACCGUAGUCGGAAGUAUGACGCCAGCCUUCAUAACCAGUACAUCCCAAGGUAAGACUAAUGGAAACAAUAUUGAGCCUCGACUGGCAAGCAGUGCCUCCGCGGCGGGGAUGGUCUCUGCAGCCAAAGGCGCAGCAGGUGACUACAUUAAUGCACUCCUUACAGGCGAGGAGUAUUAUACGCCCGAAGACGACAUUGCUUCCGUCCCUUCAUCCUAUCGAAAAAUCCGAAAAUCCAGGUCGAUGUUCACCUGCUCUGAAGCCAGCAUUGCUUCACGAGGCGACGAUCAAAGCCCAUCCUCCAUAACAAUAAAUCAGCUCCCAACGAUGUCUAUAGGAUCCUUAAAUAGGGGUGUUGGUGAAAGCAUGCCUACGACAAAACUCAAAGCACCCAAAUCUAUGUCUUUCUUAAGUGGUCGCUAUGAUCAGUCGAUGUUAUUCUCCAAGCGCCGUGGAAGCGUUCCUAUGGGGCUAUCUAGUAACGAAAGCGUUAAAACUCGGACCAAUACGGAUGUUGCCACGAAGUCGCAACCAUCAGUAUUCUCUCGUUCAAAGUCUAUCAACGCUGACAAGUUUCUCAGAAAGAGUAUGAGAGAUGGGAGUAACGAUACCCUACCAAUAGAUGGGAAAAUUCCCAAAGAAGGCAGUCUAAGGAACCGCGCCCGGAAGGUCUCGAACAGCUUUAAGCACAAAUUGAAAAGCUUCUUUAAUUUGGGUAAAGGAGAUACCGACGGAGCCGAGUUUCCCCCUCAACAAAUUGAGGCUUCAAAAUCUCAUAUCAUGAGCCCUAAUUCUCUGGGUUAUACAGGAUAUGAUGAGUUUCAGUUCGAGCCGCCAAGUGACGAAGCGGCGAUAUCACGCGUCCCUUCAGGAGUUCCGUCAUUACAUGCCGUCCCGUCAUACCAGCAACUUCGUUCACGGCAAGGCAGCGUCGAGAGCCUAAGAAGCGAAAGAAGAGCCUCGGAUGAAAGAUCUCGCGUGACAAGUUGGUCGAAUUCAGACGCCAACACACUUAACACGUUAAGCAGCCAGAAAAAUGAAUGGGACCGACAGCGUCUAUCAGUUAUAAAAGAAAAUGGGAUGCAUGUCUCUUCAUCAUCAGCAAGACCUAAUGCCAGUAUCUACGGCAUCAGUCCAGAUACUAGCGUUCGUUCUAGUCAACCACCAAUACCACCACAGCCAAUAAGCAUUGACAGUCAAAGAAUCUACUCCGCGCUUAUGAAAAGGCUUAAUGAUACAAAUAAGCAUUCACGAGGAAGUGGGACUCAAAGGCAAGAAAGUGUCGACGGUUUUGUUGAUACGGAUACUAUACCUCCGAGAGGUAGUUCUCGGGAUCAUGACAAACCAUUGUCUAUCUCGCGAGCAACCAUUCGCCACGUCAUUUCCGACGAGUUCUCAGACCUAUCUUCAGCUAGAGCAACUGGAUCGAACUCGAUUUCAAGUGGUUUAAGGCUUGACGCGAAGCUGGAAGAAUCCCCUCCCCAUUCUACUGGUAAAUUGAACACGAAGAGACAGGAGCUUUCAUCCUUUACAUCGACAAUUAAGAGAAAUGAAACCAGCGGGUCACCCUCAGUACCACAUGCCGAUAAACUCUCACCUCAGGCGAGAACGUUGUCGACUCGUAGCUCGGCCUUCUUUGCCAGUCCUACGUGUCAUCUAUUCCGCACUCGAAGUCCAUACAGGCGUGCACUCCAAGACUCGAUGAAAGCCGAACCACAGAAUACACAAACCAGGUCCCCAGAGUUUAAUCCUUGGAUGCGUUCACUGACGAACCUACCCAUCAGAUGCCCGAGCACAUGCGAGUCUGAAGUGGAUAAGAAAAUGUAUUACGCGGAAAGUGUGUACUCUUGUACAACAGACGAGCCAUUGACUGGGCCGCCGAACAACAACGUAUCUCAAAAUAUAUUAGAUAAUUCGCUAAGGCAUCCAACUACGCAUGGAGAUGCCACAAUAUUUGUCAGUCCUCCUGUCUACCGGCCUCCUCCGCCCCCGCCACCGCCUAAACAAAGGGUCACAUCUUCGGCAAGUUCUGUGGAAUGGAAAACGUGGCUUUCUGCUAACGUUUCGAAACUCGAGGGCACGCCUGGUCGUACGGACACAAAUGUCAUGGAAUACGCCGUACCAUCGACUCAUCCAUCAGGCCAUAUUCGCGAAGAAGCCCAGAUAAAUGAUGAGGAUGAACAUGUUCCAUUAGAAGUAUAUAAGCCUACACGCCCGGACAGCGCGCUGGCAGAAAUCGAGAACAGUGCGAGAGCAUCCCCCCAAACCCCACGACAUGCUCCGAAGGAUCCAUCCCCAGUUUAUGACUGCGGAAAAGAAAAUGAGGUUCCGGAACGAUCUACGAUCCUUUCUAAAAGUGUAUUACGUACCACGCCAUCGUUAGCAAGUAUGAAAUCGGGUACCCAUGAAGCAAAUGCGUCUGUAAAGAAAGGUGUGUUCGAUUCCAAUCACCGGAAGUCUCUCAGACACACGCCCUCUCUCAAUACCCUUGCGGGUAAUUCUACUCCAACUUCAACUAGGAAAUUGGUAAGAAGGCAGCCAGGAUAUAAGGUCCAUGCUACGCCUACGACGAGCCCAGGACUUGGGUUAAUAGUUGAUAAAAGUUCAGGAAAGUAUAGUGGAUCAACUAAUUCGAAGCGCAUAUUUGGCACAAUGGCAUUAAACAAAACGGAAAAUGUCAGCCCAAAAGAUGCCGUCGAGGCUAAUGUUGACUCGUACGGUGUUCAAGGGUCUGGUAUCAUUGGCCCAGGGGCCGACGCGAAAUCAGAGUCGAUAGGAAGCAAGAAGAUAGUUGAUCUCUUCCUUAGUAACCGGCGCAAGCGCAUAGCGAGCGGCGAAGAUGGUGGUGUGUUCUCAUAA